AUGGGGCCGCGUUUUACACUCUUGCUGGUGGCUCUGGCCGUGUGUCCGGCGAGGCCCUGCAUCAUAUGCGACCCGUUUGUAGUGGCUGCGCUAAAGACUUUGGAGCAGAGUUACCUGCCUGGCCACCUGGCACCCGAGCAUCAUGAAAACGUAAUGAAGAGGGUGGUGCAGGCAGUGAAGGACUUCAAGGAUCUGCCUUUGAAUCAAGAUACCUAUGUGGGGGCCGUGGAUGAGGACACACUGGAACAGGCAUCCUGGAGUUUUCUGAAGGAUCUGAAACGUAUCACAGACAGUGAUGUAAAAGGAGAGCUCUUUGUAAAGGAAUUAUUCUGGAUGCUCCGUCUGCAAAAGGACAUUUUCGCCACCCUUGCUAUGCGUUUCCAAAAGGAAGUUUAUUGUCCCAACCAAUGUGGAACGAUGUUGCAGACUCUGAUCUGGUGUAAUAGGUGUGAGAAGCAGGUCCACUCCUGUCGCAAAUCCAUGGAUUGUGGGGAGCGCCGGAUAGAGGUGCCUCGAUUGGAAGAUAUGGUCCUGGACUGCCAGCUCGGUUGGCAUCAUGCUUCUGAGGGACUUACGGAUUACAGUUUUUACAGGGUUUGGGGGAACAGUUCUGAGACCUUGCUGUCCAAGGGGAAAGAACCCUACCUGACCAAGACGAUGGUGGGUCCAGAGGAUGCCGGCAACUACCGCUGCGAGCUGGGAACCAUCAACUCUGGUCCUGCCACCAUCAUUCAUUUCCGUGUCAUAGUAUUGCCCCAAAGGACAGCAGAAGAAAAACCGGCACCAAACAUCAUAACCCAGGAGGAGGAGGAGGAGGUGGCCCCUGGACAUGUGACUGCAGAGACCCUGGAGCCCGUCAUUUCAAUGGCCAAUCACCUCAAACCACCGAGAGCUGCGAAACACCACCGCCUCUUAAUCCUGUUGAUCCUUGGCCUCAUAAUUCUGGUGGCCAGCAUCAUUGUCUCGGUACUUCACUUCAAGAAAGCUAGAGGUAAAUCCAAGACCUCAAGUUUGGACGUGAAAUCCUCAAAGUCAGAAUUCAAGUCGUCAGAUCAGGAAAGGUCCUCUUUCCAGCCGGAGUCAUCCCCUCCGGUAGAAUCGAAGCCCUCUCAGGGUGAUAGUGUUGCCGAGGACACCGAGGACAAGGGCGAGGAAUCAGAAAGCUAAUAAAGAUUUGACCUGUU